AUGUCGACCUCAAACAUGAACUUCACCGACCGGGCCACCAAGGCUCUGUCCGAUGCCAUGGCCAUCGCAGAGUCAUAUGCUCACCCCCAACUUCUACCCCUCCAUCUCGCCUCUAGCCUGCUUGACCCGCCCGUCGACGAGUCCAAAGACCAGCAAGCAACCGUCAACGCCUCUCAUGGCGCCUCCUCACAGUCUCUCUUCCGCCAGGUCGUCGAGCGCGCUCAUGGCGACCCUCAAGCCUUCCAACGAGCCCUCAACCGCGCUCUUGUCCGGUUACCCACUCAAAAUCCUCCUCCCGAUCAGAUUUCCAUGGCACCCUCCUUCACCAAACUCCUGAGACAAGCCAACGAACUACAAAAGACGCAGAAAGACUCCUUCAUUGCCGUAGACCACUUGAUCAUCGCGUUGUCGGAGGACACGACCUGCCAGGCUGCGCUGAAGGAAGGCAACAUCCCCCAUGUCAAGGUGCUGCAAGAUGCUGUCCAGAAUAUUCGUGGAACACGCAGAGUGGACUCGAAGACGGCCGAUACUGAGGAGGAGUUUGAGAAUCUGAAGAAGUUCACCAUCGAUAUGACUGCCACGGCACGAGAGGGCAAGAUUGACCCGGUCAUUGGCAGAGAGGAGGAGAUCCGACGAGUGGUCCGAAUCUUGUCAAGACGGACAAAGAACAACCCAGUCUUGAUCGGAGAGCCUGGUGUGGGCAAGACCACUGUUGUCGAGGGUCUUGCUCAGCGAAUUGUCAACAAUGAUGUGCCCGACAACCUUGCUACGUGCAAACUGCUCUCUCUGGAUGUCGGUUCGCUUGUUGCCGGCAGCAAGUACAGAGGAGAGUUCGAGGAGAGAAUGAAGGGUCUCUUGAACGAGAUUGAGCAAUCGAAGGAAUUCAUCGUUCUGUUCGUCGACGAGAUGCAUCUUCUCAUGGGUGCUGGAUCCAGCGGCGAGGGUGGCAUGGAUGCUGCCAACUUGUUGAAGCCCAUGCUUGCCCGAGGACAGCUUCACUGCAUUGGUGCCACAACUCUUGCAGAAUAUCGAAAAUAUAUUGAGAAGGAUGCGGCCUUUGAGAGACGUUUCCAACAAGUUCUCGUUAAGGAGCCUACGGUUCCCGAGACCAUAUCGAUCCUCCGAGGUCUGAAGGAGAAGUACGAAGUCUACCACGGUAUCACGAUCUCGGAUGGAGCCAUCGUUGCUGCUGCUACCUUGGCUGCACGAUACCUCACCCAGAGACGACUCCCCGACUCCGCCGUGGACCUGAUUGAUGAGGCUGCCGCCGCAGUCAAGACUGAGCGAGAAUCACUACCUGAAGCACUCGACAACCUCAACCGCAGACUUCAGCAAUUGAAGAUUGAAAUCCAUGCUUUGUCGAGAGAGAAGGACGAGGCUUCAAAGGCUCGUCUCGCACAAGCCAAGGCAGACUCCAGCAAUGUUGAGGAGGAGCUGAGGCCUCUUCGCGAGAAGUAUGAGAGCGAAAAGAACCGAAGCAGGGCUAUUCAAGAAGCUAAGGUCAAGCUGGAUCAGCUUCGAGUCAAGAAGGAGGAGGCUAUCCGUCUGAACGAUGACCAGAAGGCUGCCGACUUGCAGUACUACGCCAUUCCCGAGCAAGAGGCUUUCAUCAAGCAGUUGGAGAAAGAAAAAUUGCAUGCAGACCAGGCCUUGAGCUCAUCCAAUCCCGACUCCGGCGGAUCACUCAUUACAGACAUUGUUGGCCCGGACCAGAUCAACGAGAUCGUUGCUCGCUCGACUGGUAUUCCUGUGACGAGACUCAAGACCACCGAGAAGGAUAAGCUCCUGCAUAUGGAGAAGGUACUUUCCAAGAUCGUAGUUGGUCAGCGAGAGGCCGUCAGAGCCGUCUCCGACAAGAUCCGUCUUCAGAGGUCUGGAUUGGCCAACCCAAACCAACCUCCAAGUUUCCUGUUCUGUGGUCCCUCCGGUACUGGUAAGACGCUUCUCACCAAGGCCCUUGCCGAGUUCCUCUUCGAUGAUCCCAAAGCCAUGAUUCGACUCGACAUGUCCGAGUAUCAAGAACGCCACACUGUCAGUCGGAUGAUUGGUGCUCCUCCUGGUUACGUCGGACAUGACGCAGGUGGGCAACUUACAGAGGCUCUUCGCCGAAAGCCGUUCUCGAUCCUGCUCUUCGACGAGGUUGAGAAGGCCGCCAAGGAGGUGCUCACAAUUCUCCUUCAACUCAUGGACGACGGUCGUAUUACCGACGGUCAAGGACGAAUCGUUGAUGCUCGCAACUGUAUCGUGGUCAUGACAUCCAACAUCGGUGCGGAGUACCUCCAACGUGCCACCACCGCCAAUGGCCAGAUCGAUGACACUACCCGAGCUCUGGUCAAGAAGUCACUAGAAGACUACUUCUUGCCCGAAUUUCUCAACCGUAUCAGCGAGACUAUCAUCUUCAAUCGCCUUUCCAAGGCUGAGAUCCGCAAGAUUGUCGAUGUGCGCCUUAUGGAGAUCCAGAAGCGUCUGUCAAGCAAUGGCAGAGAUGUCAUGAUUGACUGCUCGCCUGCUGUUAGAGAUUGGCUCGGAUCUGCUGGGUACCACCCAAGCUACGGUGCGAGACCUUUGGCUAGACUGAUCGAGACGGAGGUUCUGAACAAGCUUGCGGUCUUGAUCCUCAGAGGUUCCAUCAAGGACGGAGAGAGGGCUAGAGUGGUUAUGGAUAAUUCCAACAGAAUCAGAGUUCUCAGUAACCACGAUGAUUCCGAGGAAAGCUCGAGCGAGGAUGUUGAUAUGGAUAAUGCUGAUGUUGCAGAUGCUUUGGGAGAUGAUGAUCCGGAAUCGGCUCUCUACGAUUGA